AUGUCUCUCCCUGAUAGAAGACCUCGAGAGAUCUUGUGCGAGGGGCCUGAAGGAGCUCAAUUUGCAUUCUACGCGGUGUUGUUUGAUGACAAGCUUGUGUUGAAUAUUCUUAUAGACGGAGUCAUGGACACUUCGUUCGACUUGCCGCUCUCGACUCUGAAGGUGAUCGACUCGCAGGUGCUAGCCAGUGACGAGUCGUUGGGCAUUGAGCCUGUGGUGCUUGUAGGAGAUCCUCAUAAUUUGAAGCUUCAGGUGGUCGCUGGCCAGAUCGGGAAAGUGGUGUAUCUGAUGGGCAAUAGGAAAAACGUGAUUUUGACGAUGGGCUCUAGGUGGUUUGGCAAGGAUCCGAAGGACGGUGAUUUCGAUAAGUUGAUGUUUGUGCUUGGAAAGAUCAAGGAGCUUCUACUAAAACCAUGA